AUGGCAGCUUCGAAGAUCAUGUUCGACAAGACACACGAUACACUGCCCCCGCCCCGAAAUGAUAACAACUCAUACAUAUACGGGGAAAUUGCUCAACAUAACAUUGUCAUUGCUUGCCUCCCUAGUGGUAUAUACGGUAAAGUCUCCGCUGCAAAUGUCGCGGCUCAGAUGUCUAGAACGUUCCGAAAUCUUCAAUAUCGAUUCAUGGUGGGAAUCGGAGCUGGGAUCCCCAGCGAGUCCGCGGAUAUUCGACUCGGAGACGUCAUCGUAAGCAUGCCCACUAGUACUUCGCCAGGAGUUGUGCAGUAUGACUUCGGGAAACAGUUUCAUACUGGGUUUCAACGGAGCGGUAGUAUGAACAAGCCACCACAGGAUCACCUCACUGCGCUUUCAACAUAUCGGGCUCUUGCUAGCAUAAAUGGAGACCCCAUAGCACGCAUUCUCUCCGAAACCAGUGGCAAGAGAAAGGAAAUGAACGGUCGGUUGGUAGCGCCAAGUCGCAAUCACGAUAGAUCUUUCGGGCAGACUACCACCAUUACCCUCAAGCGAAUUCCUGUGAAAGAUGCGACUCGCGCAAACGAGUGUCGGAAAGGCAUCCAAGAACUUAAGCACCUCAUUCAGCAGACUCUCGACCAGUCUCCAUAUGUGAAGUGGAUUGUUUCGAGUCGAACUGACGCCGAAAUCGAACGACUAGUGAGCAAAGUACAGCCUAUGAUCACUCUAGCCCUGCAGCGGUGUGAUUCUCAAGUGUCUAAGGCAGUUGACCCCUACCUUGCAUGGCAGGUAUUUGGGCUUUCAAUUCCCAAGCUUACCGCAUUGAGUCGACUCCGCUUGCUCACGGACCUGGAACGGCUAUCGGAGGGAACGUACCUGUGGGCCCAAUUUGCCUGCAAGGAGCUCCGGUCCAUGACUUCUUAUGAGCCUUCCCGUUGUUUCAAUGAGAUGCCAAGCGAGCUCACCCAGAUGUAUGCAAGAGAUAUCCCACUGGUCCAUCAGGAACGGCAUCAUCUGAGAGGUGGCCAGGUAGGUGUAUUGGGCCCCAAUGAUUUUGUCCCAUACUUUGAUUUCUCUAGAGACUUUGGCCGCGAUAGAACUGGACCGGUAGGCAAAGAUGAUAUCAGUCAGGAUGAUAAUAAUGGAAUUGCUCGAAACAGAAUCAACUGGUCCUGA